AUGCCAGAUUCGCAUCCGCACUGCCAUAGGAGCCUUGCCACCCCUCACCUGCUGCUGCCGGCAAUCAGGCCGCGAAUGCAGGAGGACCAGGUGCCUCAACUCCAGGACGAGCAUCACAGCGAGCCCGUUUGGUCAGAUGCUAGCUGUUCAGAUGCAGAGACUUCGCUGCCGGCGGUCACGCCGACCCUCUCCAAUCGCAGCAAUCGGAGCAAUUGCAGCCGAGGAAGCAACCGCAAGGAGCGGAAGGAGCGCAGCAACUCCCGGCGCCAGAGCGAGCUGGCCAUGAACCUGCAGGCCUCCCUGAAAGACAUGGAGGACGCCGCUGCUGCAGCUGAGGCGGCGCAGCUGGCUGAGGAUUCCUUUGCGCUGCAGGCUGCGCAAGAGCGCUUGCAGGUGCGUUUGGGUGCGCUGAGCCCUCAGAAGCUCAUCACGGGGGAUGAGCUCCAUGAAACGCUGGUCGCGCUGGGAUUGACCUCGUACGGCAGGGAGGAGACCAACAUGCUGCUCAAUGUCUUGGCGGACUUCAUUAAGCUUCGCUUCGAUCAGGAUGGGCCCCGGCUGCGACGUGGAGCUUCCCUCUUGUUCAGAAAGAGCCACGCUGCGUUGGGCCUUGGGACGCCCGUCUGGGAGUGGCCCAGGCCGCAAAACACCGGCAGCAGACGAAUAUCGGAAAGGAUGACGCAAGGAGUUGGCAGGAGAAAGUCUGAGCUUAUGGGACGAGGCGGCCUGCAAAGUGCCGAGCCGGAGCGUAACUUCAACGUGGCACCGUGA